AUGCUUCGAGACGGUCGCCGCGGUGCUGCAGACCUGGGCGCGCCCGUGGGCCGACGAGCUGCCAGGCCCCCCGCGGGCCGCGCUGGCGCGGCUGGACCGCCUGCUGGCGGCCGCGGAGCCCGCGCUGCGCCGCCACCUCGCAGAGGCCAGCAGGCACCCUGGAGCUGCAGAGCCAGAUUGCCGCCGCUUGCAGGAAUGACCGUUGCUGGCCCGUUGCAGACGCUCCUGUCGGAGUCGUUGCCCAAGGCGCAGUGGCUGGAGCUCUGGGACCACCUCAUCGCGCACCAGGGCGAGGACCCCCGGGCUUCUGGACGCCGUCGUCGUCACCUGGCUCGGUGCUUCGCGGAGUUCCCUGCUCAGGCUGCCGCCGGCGUCGCCGGCAUCAGUCGAGGCGUGGUUGAGGCAGCCGCGGGAGGUCCCCCUGCGGGCCGUAAUCGUGGCUGCCAGGGAGCUCUGCGGCACAACUGGCACGCAGCCGUGCGCGACGCGCCUGGACGCCCCGGCGGAGGGCGACGGCCUCCUGGAGGGGGCCGCGCUCCCGCUGGAGGACGCGCUGAUACAGGAGAGCGCCUGCGCCGGGUGCGGCGCCUGCAGCGGGAGGUGGAGCGCUCCCGCGAGCAGGGCCGCCUGAUCCUCGAGGACAUCAAAGACGGUCGACUGCGACCUGUACGGGAGCUCGAGGAGCGGCUGCGGCGGGAGGAGGCCGCCGCCGCCGAGGGCCUCGGGCGGGACCCGUCCCCGCCAGGCGCCGAGGCAGCGGCCGAGCCGAGAGGGGCUACGCGGAGAGGAGGCGUGCGCGAGGAGGUGGUCUCCGCGGCUGCGCCAGCAGGCGCAUUGGACGGUGCGCUUCGGGAGCUGGAGCGCCAGCUGCGGUUGGCGCGCGCUGUGCGCGGGCGUGUGGCACAGCGGGCGGCGUCGAUGCAGGGGGCGCAUUGGCCGCAGGAGGGUGACGACGACGAGCUCGGGGACAUCCUGAGAUCUCUGGAGGA